AAGAAGAUGACAACAAUAAAAAAAGAAGUAGUUCCAAGUGGUAGUAGUAGCAGUAGCAAUAAUGGAGAUACAAGAAGUACUAGAAGAAAUACCAGAAGUCCUGUAUAUUCUAAAAACAAUACCAAUAGAAAUUAUAAUAAAUUAUAUAAUGAUUACAAAGAAUUCUAA